AUGUCCUCUCAAGCAUUCAGGGCCGCCCUUCGGUCAACCGCCCGUUUCGCCCCUCAGCGCAACUUGCUCGCCUCUUCGUCCUCUGUCGCCCCUCGCCAGGCCCUGUUCUCGCUCCGCCAGACUGCCCGUUCCUAUGCUUCCCAUGCCCCUCACACCACCCCUGCCGCCCACCACACCGAUUCUGACGCCAUCUGGGUGAUCUACAAGCUGACUGCUCCCCCACCAAAGAAGAAUGCUGGCGAGAGCGCUCACCACCACAAGGAGGAAGCUGUCGAGGAAGUUGUUGAGGAAGAGGAGGAGAAGGAGACUGCCGCUGCUGCUGCUGCCCCCGUUGCCGCCAAGCACGAGAAGGACUACUACCCCUACAUCCUGAUCGGUGCUGGUACUGCUUCCUUCGCUGCUAUGGAGGCUAUCCGUGAGAAGGACCCCUCUGCUGCCAUUUUGAUCAUUGGUAACGAGGAUAUUGGACCUUACAUGCGCCCUCCUCUUUCCAAGGAAAUGUGGUUCAACAAGGAGGAUGAGACCACCAAGAACUUGUCCUUCAAGGACUGGCAGGGCAAGGAGCGCAACAUUGUCCUCCACGGAAAGGAGACCAUCCAGUCGAUUGAUCAGGAGGCAUUGAACAAGAUCGAGUCUGCCGAGAGCGGCGUCAAGUUGUUGACUGGCGCCACCGUCGAGGACCUCAACAUUACCGAGCAGUCGCUCACCCUCAACAACGGCAAGGUCCUCAAAUACGGCAAGGUCCUCUUGGCGACCGGUGGUAUCCCCAAGACCCUUCCUGUUCUCAAGGGUGCAGGCGAGGGCAAAGUCACGACCUUCCGCUCUGUUGAGGAUUUCAAGAAGUUGCACUCGCUCGUCAAGUCUGCUGACAAGAAGAUUGUCAUUGUCGGAGGCGGUUUCUUGGGUAGUGAGUUGGCCGUUGCUGUCUCCCACUUCGGAAAGGAGAAGAAUGUGAAGGUUACGCAGAUCUUCCCCGAGGACGGCAACAUGGGUCUCGUCUUCCCCAGCUACCUUUCCAAGUGGACCACCUCCCAGGUUGAGCAGGAGGGUGUCAGCGUCAAGCCCAACUCCCGCAUCGCAUCGUCCAAGGCCGUCGGCGAGCAGGUCGAGUUGACCCUCGAGAGCGGCGAGAAGGUCCUUGCCGACCACGUCGUUGUCGCCGUCGGUAUCGAGGCCAACGUCGAGCUUGCCAAGAAAGCUGGAUUGGAGUUGGAUGAGCACCGUGGAGGUGUUGUUGUCAAUGCAGAGCUUCAGGCCCGUCGUAACGUCUACUGCGCUGGUGACAUGACUUCCUUCCACGAUGUCACUUUGGGCCGUCGUCGUGUGGAGCAUUAUGAUAAUGCUAUCCUUGGAGGCCGUGUUGCUGGUCAGAACAUGGCGUCUGAUACGUUGCACAAGCCUUAUAAGCACCAGUCGAUGUUCUGGUCCGACUUGGGUCCUCAUAUUGGAUAUGAGGCCGUUGGUAUCUUGGACUCGAAGCUCUCGACUGUUUCUAUCUGGACCAAGAAGCCUACCGUCGCCGCUGCCGAUGCUGCCGCCGCCACCGAGGAGGGUACCAAGGAGGAGUCUGCUGCUGCUGAUAAGAAGGACGAGGGCAAGCGCGAGAGAGCUACUGCGACCCCUUUGCCCGCCGAGGCCGUCAAGGUAGAAGACAAGGAGAAGUACAACAAGGGUCUUGUGCUCUACUUGAAGGACAAGAAGAUUGUUGGACUCCUGAUGUGGAACAACUUUGGCAAGGUCGAGGAUGCCCGCAAGAUCUUGGGACAGGUCUAUGAUACCGAGAAGGUCGAGGCCCUCGUCAAGCCCUUUGGCAUCCACGAGGAGUAA